AGUGUUUUGACGUAUAAUGUGAGCAAUUGGUGGAGAUAACAGUACAUCGGGUGAUGCGUUGUUUAUAGUAUCAGGUGGUGUUGUAGUUUGGCAAUAAAUAAUACAAAAUGUGGAGUCCAACUCACGUUUUAGUUACAGUCCAUAGAGCCAGAGGAUUGCUGACUAAAGGCAGGAAUGGAACCAAUGAUGCCUUUGUUACUAUUGCACUUGGUAAGGAGAAGUAUCAGACGUCAGUCAAGGAGAAGGCAGACAAAGAUGUCGAAUGGCAUGAAGAAUGUGAACUGCCAAUACCUAAACAAGGAAAUACAGCUGAAAUUGUCUUGACAGCAUUACACCGCAAUUUUAUGGGUGUAGAUGAAUUCCUAGGAGUAAUUAACAUUCCUCUGGCAGACUUUGAUGUGUAUGAAAGGCCAAGAUGCAAAUGGUAUGAGCUAAAAAGUAAGCCUGGUAAGGAGAAACAGAAACACAGGGGAGAACUUGAAGUGAAAGUAACAUUUAUAGUGAAAGCUGGAAGCCUCACCGAUCUAAGUAAAAAAGAAAAACACAAGUCCCUUGGACAGUUGUCUCACAUGGCACAAUCUGUCGGUGGCAGUCUACUCAGUAUUGGAAGUUUGGAAAAGAGGAAGAGCUUGAAGAAAAUAGCCAAAAGUAUAGGAAAGAAAGUGGGGAAAGGCUCAAAUAGCAAGUUGAAGGAAGAGUCAUUUGAUGGAAAUCUUGGUCCCAGCCACCGAAGAAUUGGCCAGAUCGCUGGAGAAGCUGACCCUGGUGUAAUCAGUGAAGAUGAGGAUGAAUUCACUUUUGAUGACCUGUCUCACAAAAGUUCCCUGAGUUCUCUGAGUACAAGUCAGCAAACGGCAGCAACUCCACCUGCUGGAUCCCUUGAAAAUUUGGCAGGAGGAGAAUUUUUGCGAAGAACAAACAUGACUGGUACAGCUUCUGUUCCACCUAAGCCACCAAGAAGUGUUUCACAGGAUAAGACUGUUGAUGAAUGGGAACAGAAAUUAUAUGGAAAGCAGGGGAAAGAUUCAGUUAUUAAUAAUUCAGAUACACUAAAGAGAAGGUCUUGGGAUACAUCGAAGUCAUUUACUAUGAGUCAGUGUGAAGAUAAAGAAUUUGAUAACAUCACUCAUGCAAGCACACCAGCAAUUGUCCGCGCAAAUACAAUAGACACUCCAGUGGCAGCACUACGAAAGAUUAAUGAAGAUAUUCCAAGAAAUGUUACUGAAACCAUCACACAGGAUGAUAAAGAAAAGGAAAAAACAAAAGAAAAAGAAAAAGAUAUCUCAAAACUUGCAAGACGCUUUAAUAAACAUUUUCGUAAAGGUGAUCCGAAGAAUGAGGAAGCUAUACCAGAGGUGAAAACUCCUACUGCAGAAGAGCGAAUAAUUAUAGGUGGUGAAAAUGAUGAUAAAAAAGUCCGUACUUGUGGGAAUAAAACACCAGAUUCUGUUAUCCAAAAAUAUGAAAAUAAUACCAAAGAAGAAUUGAUUUCAAUAAUAUAUAACCUUCAGCUCACUGUUGAAGACCAAAACAAGAAAGUGAAAGAUCUUGAAGACUAUCUGGAUAAUUUACUGCUGCGAGUAAUGGAAACAACUCCUCGUAUCCUCCAGAAUCCGUAUGUGAGUGUCAAAACAGAAAUAGACUCUAGCCUGCUUCAUGGGAAUCAGUCAUCUCAGCAACAAUCUUCCAUUGAAGUACUUCAUACAAAUACUUCAGCUACCUGUAAACUUGUAGUGGAACAUUGAAUGACAAAUUGUUGCUAUCCCACUAUUGCUGUUCAGGAGAACAGUGAUUAUCCUGAAAGUUCAAAUGAAAACCUUUAUAUGCUGUUUUAAAUUGUGUUGUAGUGAUUUUAUUUUUGUGUGUGGAAAAGCAGUAUUUCCUCAUGCUGUAGUACUUUUUAGAUUAUAAUUCAUGACCAUAUGUAAACCUGAAUGUUACAUAGGAUCUGACAGAAAACUGUUGUUAGAUACUUGUCUGUGAAACAGUAGAAAAGUAGAUACCAGCUUUGUUUUUUUGUGCUGUGGUAUGCAGUGAGGCUUUUUUAUGAGUGCUUUUAUGGCUUAAGACUGUGACUAUCAUUGUGUAAACAAGAAAUCUUAAAAUGUAUUAAUUGUAUGACCACUUUUGCCAGAUUAUCUGUUUUUCAUGUGUUAGUUUAUCUGACAUUGCAUUUUAGCCUGUGACACUUCAUUGUGUCAUAUUUUUACAUGCUUUGUUUUGACAGAAAAAAAAUGGCGAGUGGUUAGAGAAAUAAAUAGAGUAACAAUUGAAGAUAGUUACAAAGAACAAGUCUCCCUCUUGAAGAAAGGGCAUAUACUUUUCUUCUUGCCAUGACAACUAUGUAUCUUCAUCCCCAGUCACAAUAGUGUGCCGCUUCCUGCUAACUUCAUGUAGAUACACAGGAAGUUAAAUUCUCAUAACUGAAACCAAAAGUUCAUUUAUUAUAGCGUAACUUGUUAAGUAAUUUGGUGGUCAAUCUGUUUCUUAGGAGUGACCUAGUUAUACCACCACAGAUUUCUCUAAUUUUUCUAUAAUAUUGAUUGCCCCUGUCCCUGUACCUGCAUUGCUAUAUGCCGUCCAGCAAUUGGAUUUUCUUUUUUUUCAUAGAAUAACUUCAUUGUAGUACAUAAUUUAUUAGAACCAUUUCCAUCACUAUAACAAAAACUUUAUUUUUUAAUUUCUUUA